AUGUAUAAACAACUAGCAUUUUUUCGUAAACAUGAAAUAAAUGAAGUGAAAAGGUUCAUCAAACAACAGAAUAAUGCACUUGGUUAUGGAUCUAUUACAAAAUUAUCUCAUUGUCGAUCACCUACACCAUGUCGUGGAUGUCAACAAUUAAUAGAUUUAGGUUCGCCAUGUAUAUAUAUGACACGAUCCGAUGAUUAUACUAAUCUUUGGCAUCCACAAUGUUUUACAUGUACACAAUGCAAAGAAUUUCUGGUUGAUUUAAUGUAUUUUUAUAACGAUGGUCAACUCUAUUGUGAACAACAUCAUGUUGAUUUAUAUAAACCACGAUACACAAAUUGUGAUCAAAUUAUGUUUAGUUUUGAAUGUAUUAAAACAGACGAUCCUAGUUGGAAUCAUUAUUUAUGUUCAAAUUGCAAUGAGCGUUUAAAUGGUGAACGUUAUGUUAUGCGUAACAAUCAAGCAUUUUGUUUAAACGGUUUUGAAACCAUGUAUGUAAACUAUUGUGAUACAUGUUGUGAACAUAUUGAGAUCAAUCAAACACAUAUAACUCGUGAAUCUCAUCAAUGGCAUACAACAGAAACAUGUUUUUGUUGUUAUACCUGUCGUAUUCCUUUAAAUAAUAAUAACAAUAAUGAUUUUUUACAAGAUGAUGGUGCAUUAUUUUGUUCAAAUGAAUGUGCAUCACAAAUUAAUAACCAUCCAAUAGACACGCAAUUAAUUCUACAAAAUAUUAUUCGUCAACAUCCUAAACCACCAGCAUUUGUUCAACAUCAAACAUUAUCUGAUUUUAUUUUGUCAAAAGAACAAAAACGACAAAAUGAUCGUCAUUGUGUAACACUUGAAUUACCACAUUGCUCAACAUCUUCAUUUACAUUGUUACCUUAUUUUACAAAUUGUUUAAGAAGUUUUCAGUCAAAUGGAGUCAUGUCUCUAAUAUCACAUCCAAAAUCAAUAAUAACUCUACAAUUUCCAUGUUCAAGUUCGUUAAAUGAGUUAUCAAGAUUUAUACAAAGACAUUGUGUUCAUUUCGUUAAUGAUGAUAAUCAAGAUGCAAAUGAAACAAAUAUACCUCAUCAAAAAAUAAAAAAAACAACAAAACUAAAUAAAAAAAAUAGUAAAGAAGAACGAAAAAAAGGCGGUAUUUUUGUAGAUAAUAUUUUUUUAAUUUUAUCAAAUGUUCGUCUUAUUGUGAAAUUUUAUAUCAGGCCAUUACUUGUUUUAACACAACGGCGUCUUAUACGAGCAACUGUUGCAAGACCAAUUUAUGCUAAACAUACAUGUUCAGUACGACGAUCACGUCAUUUAAUAUGUACAUUAACAACAUAUUCUGAAAGAAAAGUUACAUGUAAUAUGAAUAAUAUUGAAAAUAAGAAUUAA